CAACGCAAUGUAAAGAAGAAUAUGGCGGAGUUGGAAGAAAUUCUUGAAAAACUACUUGUUCCUGACAACACAGUGAUACGGCAGGCAACUUCUCAACUUCGUGAAGCAUUCAAGAACCCUGCUGUCGUACCAGCCCUCAUUACUGUCUUAGGCUCCUCUCAAAACCCUCAGGUAAGACAAUAUGCAGCAGUUUUGUUGAGAAGACGGGUUGUGAAGCAGUGGACAAAACUUUCCCCUGAUGUUCAUGCCAUGUUAAGAGAGUCCCUCUUGCAGGUGUUGCUUCAAGAAUCAGACUCAACUGUAAGAAAUUCAGCUGCACAAGUGGUGAGUGUGAUAGCUAAACAUGACCUGCCAGCCAAUCAGUGGCCAAAACUGCUGGUUUUCCUUCAGCAACACAUCAAAUCAGAGCAACCACAGCAAAGAGAGAUGGGCAUGUUUCUUCUUAGUUCCAUCACAGAAUCUGCCAAUGAACAGUUAAGACCACAUUUCACAUCCCUGUUUCAGCUUUUCUCCAGUACACUUGAAGAUCAACAGAGUAAACUAGUGCCAUUUUAUACAAUAAGAGCCCUUACCUGCCUUAUUGAAUGCAUUGGAACUGAGGAAAUUCCUUUAGUUAGACCACUUAUACCAAAGGUGGUAGGAUAUAUCAACCAAAUCUUAGCUAUAGAUGAGGAUAAAGCUUGUGAUGCUAUGGAAAUAUUUGAUGAACUGGUAGAAUCAGAAGUCAGUAUUGUGACCCCACAUUUAAAGACACUGGUUGAGUUCUGUCUUCAGAUUGCAAGCAAUUCUUCCUAUGGAAAUAAUUUAAGGAUAAAAGCUCUACACUUUGUGAGCUGGUUAGCAAGAAUAAAACCCAAGGCACUUGUGAAAAACAAACUUCUCUUGCCUACAUUGUCUGUGGUGUUUCCAUUAAUGGCAUCGCCACCAAAUGAAGAUGAUGGAGAAGAUUUUGAUGAUGAUGAUGAUGACGAUGAGGUGGGAGAUGAAACUGAAGCAAGCAGGCCUUGUGCCGUGGCUUCACAGGUACUUGAUGUUCUUGCUCUCCAUUUUCCACCUGAAUCAGUUAUUCCACCUCUGAUGGAAUUGGUCAAGCCAGCUCUUACAAGUGAAGAUCCUUACAAGAGAAAAGCAGCUCUAAUAGCACUGGCUGUACUUGCUGAGGGGUGUGCAGACUACAUCAGGAACAGAUACCUUGAGGCAGCAUUACAGACAAUGUGUAGAGGUCUUGCAGAUCAGAAUACACUGGUUCAGAAUGCAGCACUGUUUGCUUUGGGUCAAUAUUCAGAAUAUUUGCAGCCAGAUAUUAGUAAAUACAGUGCAGAUAUCCUCCCACUUCUGUUUGAGAGACUUGUUAAUACCUCUGCUGAGAGUGGACAAACAUCACCCAGUAUAUCAAGGACUUACUAUGCAUUAGAAACAUUCUGUGAAAAUCUAGGAGAGGGUAUCCUUCCAUAUCUACCGAGAUUAAUGGAGAAACUACUUGUAGCGCUGUCACCUAGUACAAGUAUGCAGAUGAAGGAAUUAGCAAUUAGUGCAAUAGGAGCUACAGCAAAUGCUGCUAAAGAAGCUAUGUUACCAUACUUUCCACAAAUAGUUGAAUUUAUUAAGGAAUAUCUUAGCGACACGGGAUCAAUAGAGAGAAAUAUUCUUCGAGUACAAGCUAUUGAUACAUUAGGUGUCCUGGCUAGAACAAUUGGAGCCAGUAACUUUAUGCCAUUGGCAGAUGAGUGUGUUCAACUUGGUUUGAGACUACUCCAAGAAGACAGAGAUCCUGAUCUAAGGAGAUGCACAUAUGGUCUGUUUGCGUCAGUUUCUACAAUAUUGAAGAGCAGUAUUGGAAAAUAUUUGAAAGACAUUGUUAAGUAUAUGAUUGAAUCACUACAGUCUGCAGAAGGGAUUGUGAUGCAUUAUGCAAGUGAAGAUGACCCGAGUUUUUUACUGGAAGGUGAAGACUUGGAAGGCGAUGAGGGCGUCGAAGACGACGACGAUGAAGUAACCGGAUAUAGUGUAGAAAAUGCCUACUUAGAGGAAAAAGAAGACACUUGUAACGCUCUUGGGGAAAUUUCAGAAAACUCAGGGAAGGAGUUUCUACCAUAUUUAGAUGAGUCGUUUCAAGAAGUUUUAAAAUUGAUUCAGUUUCCUCACCCAGGAGUGCGAAAGGGAGCCGUGAUGGCGCUAGGUCAGUUCUGCAAUGGAUACCAUUCUUUACUUCAAGAAGCUGGUGCAGAGGAUAAAACAGCAUUACAACGUAUGCUUGGCACAGCCAUACCCACUUUUAUCGCCGUUAUAACUAAGGACAAGGACAGGUCAGUUGCCAUGGCAACCCUGCAGUCACUUAAUGAAGUACUAAAGGCAGUCAAGUCUUUGAUCAUUGAUGAACAGGGAUACCAUGACGCCAUCGCCGGUGCUGUCAGAACUGUGCUUAUGCACAAGACUGCAUGUCAACAAGAAGAUGAUGAUGACGUUGAAGAUUCAGACCAACAGGCUGAGUUUGAUGCCAUGUUGAUUGAAUAUGCUGGAGACAUUUUGCCGUCAUUGGCGACAGCUGUGGGCGGUCAGAUCUUUGCACCGUACUUUGCUGGAUUCUUGCCUUUGCUUUUGAAGAAAACGAGAAAAUCUUGCCCGGUCUCCGAUAAAUCAUUUGCUAUUGGAACUAUCUCGGAGGUAAUGCUUGCUAUGAGCCACGCCAUAGUUCCCUUUGUGCAGCAUAUCUUUCCUGUGUUCAUGACGUCACUCCAAGACGAGGAUGAUGAAGUGAGAAGUAAUACUAUCUAUGGCCUUGGUAUUCUGGCCUUUUAUGGAGGAGACCUUAUCACACCUCAAUAUCCAACCAUUUUAGAAGCUCUGUUUGUGAUCCUGUCCCAAAAUCAACCUCCUCGAGUGGUGGACAACAUUUGUGGAGCUGUCAGCAGGAUGAUUAUGGCAAAUAGGAAUUUUCUUCCUCUGGAAAAGGUUUUUCCAGGAUUAUUGCAGUGUCUUCCCUUGAAAGAAGAUUUUGAAGAAAACGAUCCCGUAUAUUCAUGCAUUAUAGAACUUUUUAGUGAUCAGCAUCCUCUCAUCAGACAGUAUUUACCACAACUUCUCGCAAUUUUUUCACAAGUUCUACCUUCUGACACACUACAAGAUGGUAUUCGUUCAGGACUUGUCAGUGUGAUACAAAACAUUCACCAACAAUCUCCACAAAGAUUCCAGAACAUUCUUGCAGAAAUGCCUCAAGAGCAUGCUCAAGUGCUGAUGACCGCUGCCACUGUGCAGGCGCCCGGUUGACAUCACUUGCGAUUUUAACUACAUCGCAGAGGAUCAUUGCUUUCAGUGAAAAGUGAAGUGACCUAUUUGUCUCCCAUAAGCAGUAUCGCCUGAGUUGUCAACUGGCUUAUGUAAACAGAGACAACAUAAGAUUUUGCAGGGUGGGAAUGUCGCUAUGAUUUGCUUAUCGAACAACUUACCACGCAACAUGCAAUUAGAAAUGGCAAUAGGACUUUGUGGAGUCCAAUACAGGCUGAAAGUGGGCUUGUAAUAACCAAUCACGUUCGAGAAGUUAGUUACAGUUUGGAUUAUCAUAGAAAUUAAAAGAUAAUAGAAAAAAACUCGUAUUUGAAAAUAUGACCACGCACAUCUGAAAGGUUAAUGCAAAUAUCUUUGAAUGAAUUGAAAAGAGACUGGAAAGUGGUAGUUAAAUAUUUUUAAUUUGUAAAACUUAUUUACGGAAUGCAUUGUAACGUCAUCACCGUUUGUAAGGUAUUAUUCAUACAAACAGGUCUCUUUUCAUCUUUUCAUUUGACAAUAGCACAGCUAAAUUUACUACCAAGUACAUGAAGCUGGAGAAAAUGCAUUUAUCUGAAAUGAUAUAUUUAAUAGUUUAAGUGACUUCAAGCUGUCAUUGUGAACAGUCAAUUAAAGAAGUGUAUUUUAAAUCUCGAGCGAAUGGCAAAAUCAAAAGAAGAUGACAGAAAUUUGAUUACUUUAUAUUGGAAUUGAGUUCUGAACGUAUCUAUGUUCUAACUUUGUAGAAUUCCGUGUUCGGAAAAAUCUGAUUGAAGAUCGAAAACAAUUAGUUUACAAAAGCAGAAGAAGAAUAAAAGUUAUGGUAUACCUUGA